AUGUCUCACUUUGGCGAUCACGUGGGCAUCGACCCUGCGAUUAUGAAGCAGUACAGUGAGCACCACAAUGGCAGCCACGAUAAUGACGACAAGGACAAGGAGGACAAGGAGAAACAAAACACCGAGGCCGUGGCUGCCGCCGCUGUCCAGCUGGACGCUUCGCUCCUAGCUUCUGGCAUUCUGGACGACUUUGAAAAGGCCAAAAAGGAAGAGGAGGAGGCCAACGGAAACAACAAUGCAUCCAACGACCAGCAGAACGCUAGCGACCGCCACGUGGGCGACAUGCUGGAGCAGCACAGCCAACAGCAUCAGCAGAGCCAAGAGCACGAUACCAGCUACAUCAACACUUAUAUUGAAGACAAGGUUCCUCUGACUUCGGUGUUGAUUCCCGGUGACCGACGUGUUUCCGAUCGAGAGGCUUCUGACCGUAUUGCUGCCACUACCCGACGUGUGCGGCUUCGGUGGACCCAGGAGGAGACUGCCGAUCUCAUGGAGGGCUGCAAGGUGCACGGGGUGGGCAACUGGAAGAAGAUUCUGACUGACCCCCGUUUCCGAUUCAACAACCGAACUGCAGUUGAUCUGAAGGACCGGUUCCGAACCUGUUUCCCCGAAGACUACCGACGUCUGUACCCCAACGCCCGGUCUCGAAAGUUUGGUAAGAAGACCAACGUCAUGGCUGUCAACGAUGAUCUGGUCAAGGUGAACCGAAAAGAGCGACGCGUCUUCACCCCCGAAGAGGACGAGCGUCUGCUCAAUGGUUUCAUGAAGCACGGCCCCUCGUGGUCCAACAUUCAGCGCGACAAUGAGCUGGGCUUGUUUGAGCGACGGUCCACAGAUCUGCGAGACAGAUUCCGAAACGCCUUUCCUCUGGAGUACGCCGCUGCUGGCUUCAAGGCCCGGGGCCCCAAGAGGCGUCCUGUGGUCGAGGCCACGCACGGAAACACGCUCCAAACGAUAUUUUCUGCAUCUGACGGCUCCGAAAUGAGCCCCCGAAAAUACCACCGGGUUCAGGAACAAAUGGACCGACAACCCGUGAUGCGAGUCCAUCCCCAAGCCCCCAUGGACCAGGGCGUGGACCGGGAUCACAUGACCCAACAGUUCACGCAGGAGCUGCAGCCCCAGGCGCACUCGCGCAAGCAGCAAGGUGGCGACGGUCUCAAGGAGGAGGUGUUUGCUGCGGCCCAGAAUCAAAGCUACAACAAUUACUACUAUCAAAAGUAG